AAGAAACCCAGUCUUUCCCCAACUAUAAAUGCCCAAUUUAGAGCUCAGCAAAGAAAAAAAGAAAAAAAUAUAUAUAUUUUAAGCCUAGAAACCUCCAUUUCAAGAAAGCAUCAUAAUUAAUCAUUCCCACUCUCCCUCUCUUUCUAUUAAUACUACUUGUUGUAUUCUAUCCUCCCACGACAGCACAAAGGCAUAUAUGGAGAAUAUGAGUGAAGAAUAUAAACAAUACAAACAUUAUUGGGAAACCAAUAUGUUCCUCCAAACUGAAGAGCUUGAUAGUUGGGGAUUGGAUGAGGCUUUUUCUGGGUACUAUGAUUCGAGCUCACCAGAUGGGGCAGCAUCAUCGGCAGCUUCAAAGAACAUUGUGUCAGAGAGGAAUAGGAGGAAGAAGCUGAAUGAAAGACUCUUUGCACUUAGAGCGGUGGUCCCCAAUAUUAGCAAGAUGGAUAAGGCAUCGAUAAUCAAGGACGCAAUUGACUAUAUCCAAGAGCUGCACGACCAAGAAAAAAGAAUCCAAGCUGAGAUAAUGGAUCUUGAAUCCGGGAAAUUGAAGAAAAAUCCCGGUUAUGACUUUGAUGAUCUGGAGUUACCUGUCUUGUUGAGAUCAAAGAAAAAGAAAACUGACCAAUUUUAUGAUUCUGGGGGUUCAAGAAUUUCCCCUAUUGAAGUCCUAGAACUCAGAGCUACUUACAUGGGAGAGAAAACUGUGGUGGUGAGUCUAACAUGUAGUAAAAGGACAGAUACGAUGGUGAAACUUUGUGAGGUCUUUGAAUCUUUAAAGCUCAAAAUUAUUACUGCAAACAUCACCGCUUUUUCUGGGAGGCUUGUCAAAACAGUCUUCGUGGAGGUUAGUCCCUUUUCCUUGCUUUUAACUCUCGAGAGCGAUGACAUCAUGUAUAUUGUGCAAAAAGACACCCAACUUGACACUAGAGAGAAGACCUCUCGGUACGAUGGGAAGAGAGAUGACAAGAAGGCGAGGCCUUCAUCUGGGCAAAUCAUCAACUUCACCCCACUGAAUACUCCACUAGAUCAAGUAUUGAAGCAGAUUAGGGACGACUCCACACUCAAUUGGCCAGAAAGGCUAAAAGGAGACCCAAACAAGCGAUCUAGGGAAAAAUAUUUCUGCUUCUAUCAUGACCACGGACACGAUACCUUUGACUACUACGAGCUGAAAAGUAAAAUCGAAUCCCUUAUUAGAAAAGGGAAGUUGCAGUGA